GUCCACUGUUUGUAUCGUUUUUACCGAUAGGCUCGUGCGGAAGAAAAUAAAAGAUUUUAGUUGGCGAUUCGAGUCGAAAAUAAUUAAAAAAUGCAGAUGCAAACGUACAAGCUGGUCGUCGUCGGUGGCGGCGGCGUUGGAAAGUCAGCCAUAACGAUACAGUUCAUACAGAGCUACUUUGUCACAGACUACGAUCCCACCAUCGAGGACUCGUACACGAAACAAUGCGUCAUCGACGAUGUGCCAGCCAAAUUGGACAUUCUGGAUACGGCUGGCCAGGAGGAGUUCAGUGCUAUGCGCGAGCAGUACAUGCGCUCCGGCGAAGGCUUUCUGCUUGUAUUCUCGCUCAACGAUCAUUCCAGCUUCGAUGAGAUACCAAAGUUUCAGCGCCAGAUAUUGAGGGUGAAGGAUCGCGACGAGUUCCCCAUGCUGAUGGUUGGCAACAAGUGCGACCUGGAGCACCAGCGACAGGUCGGCCUGGAGGAGGCCCAAAACACAAGCAGAAACCUGAUUAUACCUUAUAUCGAGUGCAGUGCCAAGCUGCGCGUCAAUGUCGAUCAGGCCUUCCACGAGCUGGUGCGGAUUGUGCGCAAAUUCCAGAUUGCCGAGCGACCCUUCAUCGAGGAGGGAUACAAGAAGAAGGGCAAAAGGAAGUGCUGCAUGAUGUAAGGAUGCAUGCGCCUGUGUCCCCCAAGGUGACCAGCGGAAGCAGCAGCAGCAGCAACACCAACAACAAAUUAACGAGUAUAACACCAAAUUUUAAAAACGCGUCGACUGAGCUAUGAAUUCCGUUGAGAAGACGAUAAACCGGUAAUCAGAAAAGCCAACAACAGUAACCCCGUAACACGUAACCAGUAAGGCAGCCCCAAAACGAAGUGCAUUUCUUACCUGCCCAAAAACGAACGAAUCGAAUAAGCUUCUCGCCCAACAAUGAAACUCAAAUUGCGUACCUCCAAGCGACAUAGAAACACGCCCAUGCCCAAAAGCCCAUAUUAAAAUUAUAAAUACAACGCCAGAAACACACAAAACAGACACGAAUAACAUACAUACAUAUAUAUAUAUAUACAUAUAUAUUAUAUAUUUUCUACAUAUAUAUUUUUGUAAUAUUAUUUGUUGGAUCAACGACAACAAUUAAGGACAGGACGAAUGUUUUCUAUGAUUAUUACAGAAACUGUGGUUCGCAAAAGGCCAUUUGUUUUUACAUAUAUGGAUGUAUGUAUGCAAACCGAUCCGAACUGAUCCGAUCCCCCAGGAUCGUCGAUUGUCAUUCGUUGGAACGCUUGUUUCGAUUAAGCCAAAAUGUAAUAAUGUGUUAUUGUAAUUUGUAUUGUUAUUUACUACUAAUAUACGCGUACACGUACAUAUUUAUACAUAUACAUAUACAUAUGCAUAUACGUAUAUAUAUUGCUUACAAUCCGACAAAAUUAUGUUGUAACAAAUUGAGUGCCUAAACAAAUGCUAUUCCUCUCCCCCCCUCCGGCCGUACCACCCUUAUUCGCUCGCUCCUUUUGUACUAUAUAAAGCGCACAGCCGUCACUCGUUUAACUAAACAUAAUUGCAAACUAAUCAUAUUUUUGUACCAGUCCCGAAUCAAGUCCUUAAACUACUCGUAUGUGUUGUUUGUUUGUUUGUUUUUUUUUUUGUAUCGCCAAAUGUAUUUGCAACAGUUGCUUCGAGCCGCAAUCUCGUUUAACUCUAUACACUGCUUAAUUUAACGAACUUAUUUUAUUUAAUGAUAUACAUACCUGCCUAUAAAUAAAAAUAUGUAUAUGGAAUAUAUUUAAUAUUAAA